AUGAGUGAAUCUUCCCCAUUUGGUUCUUUCCAUCCUGAUGAAAGUUACACCACUCGCAUUAAAAAUAUUUUAACAGAGUAUCCGGAUGGAUCCCAAAUCCUUAGAGAAAUUUUGCAAAAUUCCGAUGAUGCAAAAAGCACUGUUCAAACUUUCAUUCUGGAUCAUAACGCUUAUCCUACUGAAAAAUUAUGUGAUCCAAGACUUGAUCGGUAUCAAGGUCCUGCACUUUUGGCUGUUAACGAUACCACUUUUCAACCGGAAGAUUUUAAAUCUUUGUUGAAUUUGGCUAAUAGCGGGAAAAGAGAUAAAUUUGAUAAAAUUGGAGUAAUGGGUAUCGGAUUCAAUUCAGUUUUUCAUCUUACUGAUGUUAGUUCCAUUAUUUCUGGGUCAUCCUAUGUUCUUAUCGACCCUCAUGCUCGUGGUUAUUGUAAUUUGCCACCUGGUCAACGAGGUUUCAAAGGUGAUUUCGUAGAACACAAUCUAGUUAAAAAGUUUCCUGAUCAAUUUAUGCCGUUUUCAGUAGCGUUAAGUAAUAGUCUAAAUGAAUUUUAUAAUGGAACAAUAUUCCGAUACUCCCUUCGUACGAAAUUGGAUGCUUCAGAAUCAGAAAUUUCUGAUAAAAUAUAUCGAGUUGACCAAAUAAAAGAAAUGUUUGAAACUUUUUUUCAAGUUGAUAACAUUACUUGUCUCAUGUUUUUGAAAUACAUUGAAAGAAUAUCAUUCUACAAGAUCGAAAAAGGUCAAACUAUUCCUAAACUUUUAUAUCAAAUCGAAGUUACUAAUGCUAAAGAAGUAUCUGAUAGGAGAAAAUUAUUGGCUAAUAAUAUCAUGUCAAUAAUGAAAUCUCCAAGAAAUACUGUUGCUUUUGAGACUAUUUACAGAAUGAAAUUUUGCCAAAGUUCUUCUCAAUCUAAUAUCAAAAGUGAAUGGCUAAUUAUCAAUUAUAUUGCUGAUGUCAAUGAUAAAAAUUAUACCAAAUUUAAGAAAUAUACUCGUGAUUGCAAAUUCGUGCCAAAUGUUGGGUUGGCUGCAAGAAUAGAUGAUGUAUCAAAGAAUAAAGGAAAGCUUUAUUGCUUUUUACCUUUGCCUGGACAUAAGGACGAUUUUUCAGUUUCAGUCAAUGGCUGCUUCGCUGUCAGUAAAAAUAGAAGGAAUUUGGAGGUUUCCAUGGAUGAAGAUCUGGCAUCAGGUGAUUUAUUGCGUCUUAAAAGCACAUGGAACAGAUAUUUAUUUGAAAACGUUAUCCCGGUGGCAUGGAACAAACUUUUAUCACAAGUAAAAGAAUAUGUAUCAUUUGAACAAAUCUAUACUCUUUGGCCAAUACCUGCGGACGGAUUUUAUCGAGAAUUAGAUGAAAAAGAUUGUCUAUGGUUCAAUCUUUUACAGAAUGUUAUUAAUCAGCUUGAUCCUAGUCUUUGUGUUUUUCGUGGUCCAUCGAAAUAUCUGUCAAUUAGUGAUGGAUAUUUAAACGACAAGAAAUUUGAUAAAUUUACAGUUCUAUCAGAAAUAUUAAUCAAAUUAGAAUUUCCAAUCUUUGUAAAUAUUCCGGAACCAAUAGUGACCAAGUUGGAACAAGACAGUUCAAAAAUUUUGAAUUACGUUACUCCAGAAAAAGUGUGUGAAUUUAUUCUUACCAACUUGAACGGAUUAAAUAGUUUUGGCCGUCAAGAAAAAUUGAUUUUAUUAGAAUACGUUCUCAAGGUUAAUGAUGUCUCUAGACUUUAUGGUCUUCCUCUGCUACCACUUGAAAAUCAAACUUUUACCACUUUUGAAUCUCAAUCCCGGAAUAAAUUCCAUAUUGCUAGUAAAAAUGAACAUACUCUUAUUAAUGAAGAUUAUCUAGGAGAAAUAGUUGAUACCACAAUCGGAAGUAAACUAUUAUCAAUAUUGCAAAGUUAUGCAACAAAUAAAAGGAAUAUCAAUAUACAAAUUCUGUCAGAUGUUGAUUUCGCGGAAUUUCUUAAAAAGUCAUUAAAUAAAUAUAAAGUAUAUUCUGAAAAUUCUCAGGACAUUCGAGAAAUGCAAAUAGAAACAAGUCAAAUGCAAUGGAUAUAUAAAAUUUGGAAUCAUUUAAAAUUAACUGAUAGAAAUUUACAAAAAUUUUCAGAUGUUUAUCUUUUACCAAUCGAAAAUAAUAAUGAUGUUAUUACCUUGAGAAAGUUAAAAGAAACGCCAAAAUGUUUAUGUCGUCCACUACGCGUUUCAACUUCAUUGUUGCAAAAUUUAAUUUCUCCCUUAAAAUCGUUGGGUUCAACCUUUGUAGAUAUUAAAUUUGAAAAACAAGUAUUUUCUAAAUAUGAAGGACUUAGAGAUUAUAUAAUUGAGAUCAGUAAUAUUACAGAAGUCUUUUCAUCUCUCAGGGAUAAUCCUUCUUUUCCUUUAAACAUUACUCAAUCCGAUUUAUCGAAACGUCAAAAAGAAGAUUUAAUCGCCUAUAUUGGUGCUUAUUUGCGAUGUGAAUCUUCUUUUGAUCAAAAAGUUGUAAAUGUAAUCAAGCAAUUUCCAAUAUUUUACGAAGUGGACAAGAAUGAUGCUAUAAGUAUCGACUCACUAGAUACAGCGGGAAAGAAGUAUUGCUUACUUCCUAAAGAAGAUGAACUAUCAUGUGGACUUAUUAUUUCUCCCUAUGCAUUCUUGGAUGCUCAUACUUCCGACGACACUUGUUUUAUUUUUGAAAAUGUGAUCGGAGUAAAACGAUUAGAUCAAAAAGAAUAUUGGAAAGAACAUGUUAUUUCACAUUUAGGCCUUCAAUCACCUUGUAUUAUGGAUCAGGUGAUUGUAAAGCUUUUUGAGAGAUGGACACUAAUUAAACCUUUCCAUAGUCAACUUUCUAAAAUAGCAUUUGUUAAAACUUCUUCAGGUCAGAAAAAACCAAUCGAGCUUUUUGACCCAGAUAAAAUUCGAAUAAAAGAAUUGUUUUUUUCGGAUGAACCAUUCUUCCCUGUUGAAACGUAUCCAACUCACGAUUAUCUUUUUAAAUUAAGUGAAUUGGGAAUGAAAAAAUUGAUAACUAGUGAGGAUGUUAUCAAUCGUAUGGAAGAAUAUAAAUCAAGAAUGAGUCAGGACCAAAUUGAUGAAGUACAUUCUAAAUCUCUUUUACUUUUAAAUUAUAUCGACGAUAAUUAUGUAACUUUUAAAGACAACAUCUCAUUGCAAGAAAAGAUUCGAUCAGAAAAGUGGAUUCCAACUUUUAACUCAGAUGCUCAACUUAUAUUUUCAAAAUCUUCAGAAUGCCGAGAUCAAUUGCAUGCAGUUCUGGUUUCUUAUACAUUGCCGAUAGUUAACAAUAGAAUAAUAAAUGAUAAUUUACGUCAGGUUCUCGGAUGGGAUAGUAUUCCUCCGACAGAGAUUGUAAUAAAUCAAUUAUUACAAUCAUUGGAAGUAUUUAAAAGAACAAACAACUCCAAUAUAAUUGAUUAUAAAAUCAGAGAUCAAAUAAAUGUAAUUUACAAACAUUUCGUUGAAAUAAUUAAUCAACCCGAUGGGUCUACUCAUUUGGACCUUUUAAAUCAAGAAUUAUCAGGAAAAAAAUGGAUUUUAAAUGAAGAUAAACUUUAUUCAACAAAUAAAGUUGUAUUUUCUCUUCCUAGUUUUAUACCUAGUGGUUAUUGGGUUCAGAUUUCGCAUCAAAACAAAAGAUAUUCUAUACUUUUUGAAAAACUUGGUGUUAAAGAAACACUUGAUACUGAUGAUUAUUUCCAAGUACUUUCUGAUGCUGAUUUUUCAGACCCACUACAAAAGAUUAGUGUAAUAGCUAUAAUCGAUAACUUAUCAAAAACUGAAAAAGAUUUAACAGGAUUAUUAAUUCCAAAUAUGAAAUGUCAGAUGGUAGACUAUAAAACUGUUUUAUAUGAUGAUAUGGGUUCAAGGGUUAGUGAUUCAAUGAAGGACUUUAGCACUUUGGUGCAUUCAGAGAUUUCAAAAGAUUUAGCAAAUAGAUUAAAGCUUAGAAAUUUAAGUGAGACUUUCUUAGCAGAUACUAUGUUUGAUUUUGGGCAACAUGAAGAACUAACUACAAGACUAAAAAAUAUUCUUAGGGACUAUAAUCGUAAAGAAAUAGUUUUUAGAGAAUUUCUUCAGAAUGCAGAUGAUGCAGGUGCAACCCGAUUUUGUGUUAUUCUUGAUGACAGUCAAUACUCAAAUAAAUCCUUAUUAAGACAAGAUACUAUGGAUGAUUUACAAGGACCUGCAAUAUGGAUAUAUAAUGAUGGACAAUUUUCUGAAGAAGAUUUUAUAUCUCUCUGUAAUCUUGGAAAAAGUAGUAAAUGGUUACAAUGUGAUAAAAUUGGAAAAUUUGGUCUUGGGUUUAAUUCAUGUUACCAUUUUACAGAUUUACCACAAUUAAUAUCAGGAACUGAUGUAAUAUUUUUCGACCCUCAAAAAGCAAUUCUUCCAAAUAAUAGUUCUGGUGCUAGAUUUAGUUUUAAGAAUUAUAAUGAAGAUCACGUCUUCAAUAAAUUUAAAGAUCAAUUUGAACCUUUUUUGAAAGUUAAAGAAUGUGGAUUCGAAAUUGAUUAUAAUAGAGAAUUCAAGGGAACAUUGUUUAGAUUACCACUUAGAAAAAAUAAAAGUUUAAUUUCAGACGAAAUUGAUGAUAUUAAUGAGGUUAAGGAAUCAUUAAACAUCAUAAAGAAUGAUGCAAUGUCAGAAUUAAUUUUUCUGCGUAAUGUAAAAUAUUUUGAAGUAUUUAGAAAAACCAAACAGAAUGAUGCUCCAAUACCCUUAUGGAGAGUCGAAAUUACAAAAAAUGCAGAAAAUCGCAAGUUAUAUGGAAAAGAUUUACAAGCAUUUCAACUUGAUGUUCAGCUUGAACAAUUUGUUGAAAAACGGGUCCUAAACACAUGGGGUGGAAUAUCUGUCGCUAUUCCUGAAUCGCCAGAAAAUUCAUUAUUAGCAAAAGAAAUAGCACAGGAUGGAAAUUUUCAUGCAUAUCUUUUACUUUCUAUUCCUUCAGGACUUUCUGUAAACAUACAUGCAAGUGGUUGGGCUCUUUCAUCUGACCGAAGAAGUCUCGUGUUUGCUAGCGAUAAUCAAACUUGUAUUAAAAAUGAUGUAAAAGCAACUCAAAAUUUUAAAAUCUUGGACAACGUUCUUCCAGAACUUCAUGUGAAGCUUUUUGAAGAGUAUAUAAAAAUAGAAAGAACGUCUAGAUCUAGAUUGUCAAACACUGCAAAUUUUCAAGGUAUUACACGAUUAUGGCCGAUUCCAGAAAAUAAAAAUGCAGAAAUUUUGAGAUAUGGGCUAAAGGUGAUCGAACUUGCAUCUGAAAAAGGAAGUAAAAUAUUUUGGUCAACGUAUAAGGAUGGUACAUAUGUUAGUUUCAAAGAAUGUGUCUUUGUAACUAAAGAAACACCACAAGCUGUUGUUCACUUUCUUAACGAACAAGAAUACCCCGCAGUUUUAAUUGAAACUAAGAAUUUAAAAGAAUUAGAAACGUUACAACCUCGAAAUGCUAGCCCAGAAUUUAUUAGAAAGAUUUUAAAAAAUAAUGAAAGCAUCUUACAUAUGCAAGAAGAAUACAUUUUCGUUAUAUUUCGUUAUAUUCUUGAAGAUAAAAAAUAUUAUGAUCUUGAAGACAUUCACUUGGUUCCAUUAUUUAAUCAUAAAUUUGGAAAAUUUCGAAAUGGUAGAAUAUAUUACAUUAGUACAAAGGAACAAUAUAAAUUAUUUCCUACCGCAGGACCACAUCAUUUUAUUCCUAUCGAAUUAUUAAAGUCACGAAAAUUAAUUUCAACAUUUUCUGAUGAUGAUUUUCGUAAAGUAACCGAUAUUAAAAAUUUUGGAGAGCCAACAAUUAGUCAUCUUUUACAUCAAGAAUUACAUAUUGAAUCGGAACGAGAUUGGGAUCCAAAUGGUAAAUCAAUUCCAAAUAAACAAUGGCUUGAUGAAAUAUGGAGAUGUAUAGGUAAUGAAUCCUAUGAACCAUAUAAGUCAUUUCCUUUAUUAGAUGUUUAUGAUCCAAGCAACCCAAAUAAACAUCAACUCAUAAGCAUAAAAAGUGCAUUAUCCAAACCUUUAAUAACAUAUAAUGAUUAUUCAUCACCUGAAAUCAUUCGUACAUUGGUAAAUAUCGGAAUUCGAUUUACUAAAAGAUACCAUAACUUCCAUAAAAUUUCUAUUUAUGAUCUAUCACCGUCUAGUGUUUUACUUGUUAUAGAAAAAUAUCAAUGCAUUGGAAAAAACAAGUUUACCAAUAAAAAAGAUAGAGAGGUUUUGUGUCAGUAUUUAUGUAGAAACAUAAGUAUUGUAGGAUUAAAUGUGGGAUAUUGGUAUGGAACAAUGGGAAGUUUACCCAUAUGGCCAACACAUGUUAAAGAUUCAGAUGGAAAUCCGAUAUGUAAAUCUAUUCAUGACCCUAAUGCAUACCUGAUACCAAAACCCACAAAUUCAUUAAGGUCGUUUACAUUUUAUCCACCUAAAAACAAAAAUACCUAUUACUUUGAUACAACAGUUGAGCCAAAUAUGAGAAGCUUAUUGGAAUAUGCAGGAGCUAAAGUACAAGAUAAAUUAAGAUAUAUUAAAGAUGUCAUUGUCCCCAAUAUGGAUUCAAUUCCUCAAAAUCAGCAAAAUUCUUAUAUAAAAUUUUUAAUUGAAAUAUUCACCGAUGCUACUAGUAUUAAUGAAUUAAAAGAUUAUCUAAAGGAUUUAAAAGUCAUUCCAAACCAAUCAUUUACUCUUUUCUGUGCAAGAGACUUAUUCGACCAAAAGCAUCAAUUGUUUAAAUUUUGUUAUAAAGAUUCUAACCGAUUUCUUCAUAAUGGUCUUUAUGAUAAUUCAUAUUCUAUAAAGGUACUUGAAGAAAUGGGAUUUAGAAGAAAUGUUACACGGGAGAUUUAUAUUAGAUGUGCAGAAGAAAUUCAGUCUAAAUUUCAAAAAAAUAAGGAAGAUAUAUUCAAUAGAAGGGAGAUCAUAAAUUCAGCAAAGAGAACUAUUUUUUAUUUUUAUGAUCACCAAACUGAACUAUCAUUUUCUGAAGAAGAAUGGAAAGAAUUAUCAAAAAUUAAAUUUGUUCCAACAUCAAAAAUCAAAUGUGGACCAAAUAAAAUGUUAAACGAAUUAUAUUCAUGUCAUAAUAAAAGUGAUUCGGACGAAUUAGAGUGCUUUGAAAAUUUAUGUCAUCCGAAAUAUAUGAAUCUUGCAUGGACUCAAUUAGCAUUCUUUGAAGAUGAACCACCUGAAAAUGUUUUAAAAAAUUAUGAAAAUCUUGGUUUACCGACUAUUCCAAUAAUCAUCGAUCAUUUAAAAGCCAUCCAAUCAACAAUAACAAAAUCGGAUGAAUGGAAAGAGUUGGGUGAUGUUGGUAGUCGAUUAAUAUUUGAAGAAUUAGAGCACAUUUAUAAAAAAUUAGAAAACGACUGCGAAGAACUAAGAUCAUGCUUUCCUAAAGGGCUUAAAAGGCUUAAAAUAUUUUUGAAUGGUACAGAUCCAUUCAAUUCGUAUGAUUGGGUUGCAGCACCACAACUUGAUUUAAAGAUUGAAAAGGACUUCAACCCAAGAAGAAGAGUUGUUGCCAGUCAUCUUUUAAAAUAUCCAAAACUUUUGGAAUUAGCUGGUGUAAAUUCUCCUGAUAUUCCUAUUUGGUCAAAAUCUGAACCAAAAGAAAAUACUAAUCGAGUAUCUAAAUCUAUGAUAAAAUUUUUAAAUGCUGGAAAAAACACGCCUUUUAAUAAUGUCUUGUUUAAUGUUAAAGGACAAGAAAUUUAUGCAAACUCUUCAAUAUUAAUUUGUGCUGCACCAUAUUUUGAAGAAUUAUUUUUUGAACCUUCAACAAACUUUAAUCAAACAUAUGAUGAUAUUGAACCUGAUUCAUUUCGCAUAUUAUUAAGGUGGUUAUAUGGAGAAUCAUUAGAUGAGGCUAUAAAAAAUUCUGAAAAAAAGGAGAAUGGAGAUACAUUAUUCCAAACUUGUAAAGGUUUAUUAUUAGCAUCUGAAAAAUUUGACAUUGACACCAUUAAAGAAUUGGUUGAAUAUAAAUUAGUUGUGUAUAUAAAUGACGAUUUCGUUGAUGAUAAUUUAGGAAAAAUUAAAAAGUUGGCUGAUGAAUUUGAAUUAGAUGAUCUUGUUAAAUAUUGUGAAAGCGUAGAGGAAGUAAUGAAAGAUGAAACUGACGAGCCAGAUAGUCAUACAGAUUUAGAAGAAGGUAGUAAUAUUGGAGUAACUACAAAACCUACUAAUAACAGCAAUCCAAAUACAAAUGCGCCAUCGAAACCUAACUUCUUAGAUAGUCUUAAAUUUAAGUUUAUCAAAAGCCGAUUUUCGAAAACAAAUACAAAAUACGGAUCUGAGUCAUAA